ACGAUCCCUGCCUGGCUGCCCCUGUGUGAAGGCAGAGAAAAAAGGAGCUCGACGCUGAGAGAAAGGAGACGGAGAGCGGUGCUGUCGCUGCACGGCCGCGGCAGCUAUAAAAACGGACUACUAAUAUUUAACAAUAAAAAAUAAAAUAAAAAAACAGCGACCGUUGUUUUGGGACGUUCAAGAGCUUCUCUGGGCGUCAGGCGAUACAAGUUUCAUGGCUGUUUCGCGAGGAAGCGACAGCGACUAACAGGGAUUAUCGGACUGCUGUUGUGCUCCGCUCCGCUCCGCUCAGCCGGCUGGUCGGGAAUUUAUCUGCAGACUCGGAGCUCCAAACUUGCGGAUACAAGCCUCGGUACUGCGGGGCCCCGGUGGACCACAAGGGACCGGAUUCGUUUCACAAUUUUGGAAAUAAUUUCAUUUCUUUUGGGGCCGUCCGUUUGAGAGUCCUCAGUGAAAACGGGUUGAGGAGGCCCCAGAGAGAUGAUUGACAGCCGAAGCUGAGACUUAACACGACUGUGAAUCAAUAACUUGGUGCUAUUCUAAGCCAACAGGCUUUUGGUUUCUUGGUGCUGAAGACAGAGGAGUCAGACAGUACAGAGUGUUAUUCAGUGUUGGAGUGAGGCCUUCUCUGUGCUGCAGUGGAGGGCUUCACAGACACAGCUAGUCUGGCUGGAUGCAUCACGCGGUAGAGCAGUUUGGCGGGCGUGGCACACGGGACUCCUUCCCUCUGGACGGACUCAACCGGGGACCAUGGGCUCCCGUGGGCGGCCGCGCCUGGCCGCCACCUGCCAGGUGUUCACCUGGAAUGAACCAACACCAGCUACUCCCCCAUCUACCUCCUGGUCCCAUGGGCGGACUGAACCAUCCCAGUAAAUUAUUCAAUAAUGGAGCCAUGCAAAUGCGAGUAGGCGAGAAGCUGGACCUCCCCCAGGCCAUGUUGUCAGGCCUACAGAGGGAGCAGCAGAGACCUCCUCCUCCUCAUCUUCAUCCUCCACCUCCCCACAGAGCAUGGGAGCAAUUAGGCCAGUUGUACGAAUCUCAUCCUCCUCCUCCUCAAGGACACCCUGCGCUGCCCCUGCCCAACGAACAUAUGCUCCGACUACACAAUGGAGGUUAUGCUGGCAACAGCGGACCUCCUCCCAACCCUCACCUUCCCCCCGGCAGGCCCAACCAACUGCUGAAGUUUGGAGGUUCUCAGGAGCAGCACAUCCCCCGGGGUCCACCAUCACUGGGAGAUGAAAUGUGGGCUCAGGUGCAGCAGCAACAGAGGGGCUACCCAGGGAAGAUGCUAGGUGGUCAACUGAAGAGACCAGCACCUCCACUAGGAGAGCACUCAGUCAUCCAGCACACCCCUCCACCAUCCCUGCACCAGUCUUCCCGCCCGGGAUCUGAGGACUGUCCAAGCCCUAGCAAGAGGAAAAAGAGCUCAGAUCAGGCAUCCCAUUCAGGGCUGCAGCGUUUUUCUGGCCCAGGCCAGUCUUUGCCCUCCCAGCAGCAGCCUUCAGGCCACUACCCAAAGCCGCCCUUCUGGAACCCCCUUCACAAGGUCAACACUCCCUGGCAGCUUCAAAUAACUGAGCGAAAGAACCCACCACCGCACGACUUCCAGGUCCGAACAGAAACCAACAAACAAGGUAUAGGCGGCUAUACCCAUAAGUCGUCUCCAGCCUCCUCCACCCCUGCAACCCUCUCCCCUCCACCAACGUCUUCUCCUGGAGGCUACAACCAGGGAUGUGGUGCCUCCCAACCCCAGAAGGCUGCAUUCCAACCUCAGGCUGUAAACCGGCAGUCACCUCACUCUUCAUACAAACACCCCAGCUCCAAACCAGCUCUGACUCCACCCCGCCAGGCUACGGAGCCUCAUGGCCCUCAGAGAGGCCCUGUCAUUGGCCGAGGGGGCAGCCAAGCAUCCUCUCACACGCCAUCUACCCUGAUCAGGGGGGAUAGAGACCAACACCCACAUCCCCAGUCUUCACUAGCAAAACCCCCUGCUACCAGCAGCAGCAGUGUGCCUUACAGCCACUUCCAGCCUCAUCCAGGGCUGGGGCACCAGGGUCCCCCGCCUCCUCCCCCUCCUCCUGCCAGCAGCACCUCAGUACCUCAGCAACAGCAAAGUGGGCCCCAGGAAGCUUGGAGAUACCAGAGUAGGCCCGGCAGUCAUUCCCUGGAACCAGGCCUCUACAGGCCUUCAGGACUGCUACCUCAGGGCCAACAGAGCCAGAAUCAGGUUGUGGAGAGUCAGGCUCCAGUCCCUUCACAGCGUCAUCACCACAUCAGCCCUCCUUUGCCGCCAACCAAUCCCACCCGAACACCUGUCAUCAUCCCCAAUCCUCCCAUCUCUGAAGCCCCCUGUGCCAUCAGCCGCUAUUCCAACAGCAGCAGUGCAAGUGGAAGUAUGACUGGAGUCUCCACUGUGACCACAUCACCCCCUGCUGGCUGCCCUGUGAAUAAUGUUAUUAUCAGUGGCAGUAAGAGUGACACCUGGCAGAAAAGAAGAGAGACAAUACCCCAAUCCUCCAGCACUGUCACCACCCCUCCUCUGGAUGCCCUUCUGCAGCCAGGCUAUCAGCGAACCCAAGCUGGCACUGCCACCCAUGCAAACCAGCAGGCACCAUCCAGACCACAACAUCUUGGACCCACCAAUUCCCAAUCUCAGCCCAUGCAGGGGAAGACGUCAUACUAUGGCCGGGCUGAGAUGACACAUAAUCCUGCAAUUUCUGCAUCCUCUUCCUUGUUCUCCUCAGGGCACCAGAGGUCAGGGGAGAGUGUGAUUACGAGCAGAGUUUCAAACCCGCUUCCUAGCUCUCCUACUACAUACUGCCCAAUGGUUCCAACAGCAUCUUGUACCACUGUCAAGUCUGCCCCUGAGCCAUCCAAUCCAGUUCUCUCCUCCAGACUGGGUCAUCAGCCAAGCUCUGCCUCCAUUCAGGCCUACUCUCGACCCAAUCUGUGUCCACCAGCCCCUGCACCCAUUCCUCAGUCCAUUGAAGAGGCCCUAGAUAAGCUGGAUGCUGAGCUGGAGGGGCACAUGCAGGCUGAGGAAAGGAGAAAGAGGGACAGAGAGGAGGAAGAAAGGAAAAUGAGGGAAGAGGAGAAGCGCAGGAGGACACAAUGGGAGAAGCAGCAGGAGGAGGAGAGGAAGAGGAAAGUUCUAGAGAAGAGAGAAGAAGAGCGGAAAAGGAGAGAAAUGGAGAGGCAGGAGGAGGAGAGAAAGAGGAGAGAAUUGGAAAGGCAGGAACGGGAGAGGAAAAAGCGAGAAUGGGAGAGGCAAGAGCAGGAGAGGAAGAAGAGACAAGAGAGGAAAAGGAAAGAAUGGGAGAGGCAGGAGGAGGAAAAGAAAAAGCAAAGAGAGUGGGAGAGAAAAGAGGAGGAGAAAAAGAAGAUGGACCGGAAGAGGGAGGUGGAAAUGUGCAGUGCUAAAGGCAAAGAGCAGACUGCUAUUGAAAAUCUGGAGAGACUGCUCUCUGGGAAGUCCUCCCCAACACCCCCACCUCCUCCCCUCUCCUCUGCCACCACACCUCCUUCAGGUCCACUUUCCUCCAAUACCCGGGCUUCACCCCCCUACCCGUGGCUAAGCCGUGGUGGGGUACUUCCCUGUCCUCCAGGCCACAGUCCCAACACCACUACCCCUCUGGAAAGGCUUCGGCCGCCCCCCCUCACUCCUCAGACAGAGUAUGCCAGAGAAAAACAAAGGCAGAGGGAGAUGUGGAGCAACAAUGGUGGCACAACACUCAGUCCCUCGUCUACACAAAAUACCUCAGGGAUGAAACAGCUGGCAUACCACAGCCAGGCUCACAAGCCCCCCGCGAUGCAAGCCGUACCCAGCCAAUCCAAAGACUCUGUCAGGGAGAGAGACAGCAGCAGCAGCAGCCAGCAGCAAACCGCUGGAGGUCUCCACUCUCUCCCCACCCCUGCCCUCAGAGAGCCCCCUAAACUAUAUCAGGCAUUUCCCAGAGACAACCUGCCACCUGCUCCACCAUCUUCAACCACAUCCAGCUCCAAUGGGGGCCUCCUCCACAAGCGCAUACCCAGCAGUGGGCUUGGAAGCCUGGGCAGCAGUGCAAGCAGCUGCAAUGGGGACUCAGACAGUGCUCAAUUUGAGGAGGAGCCCACCGAGUUGUCCACGCUGCUCCCUGAUGGUCUAGCUAAUAUUAUGGCAAUGCUGGAUGAAUCCAUCAAAAAUGAAGAAGAGAUGUAUAGCAAUGACAAGACAGGAUCCAGAGGUCUCCUUGACACCUUCUCCCCGAGCGUUCCACCUGUCAAGAGCUACCUUUGCGCCCCAGACCUCAUCCCAGCGCCCAAGCAUCAGCCAAACCAGGAGGAAUUUGGAUCCAAUCCCCAUGCUAGCCCUCCAGUGCUCAGCCGCCAAGGCUCUCUAGCAUCCCCAUGCAGUAGGACAUCCUCUCUCAAUGAGGAGGAUGAGGACUGCCUUAAAGUUUCUCCAAAUAUCCCUCUGAACCCUAAACAAUCAUUGGACAUGGGAAUGGGAGUAGCAAACACCAAUUACCGCCACAGUGACCUGGCCAAGCUUUAUGGCCUCCCUGAGCCAACUAAAAGUGAAGCUGAUGAGGAUGAAGAUGAGGAGGAGUCUGAGACCCCUUCCUGUUCCCCACCACCCCAACGACCACACCUUCACCAGACAGGAGUUAACAGCAUGUUCAAGUCCUUAACAACAGUUCUUGAGAGUCAAAAGUACGCUUACCGAGGUGGGCCUUUUGGAAGACCCCCUCCAUCUGCUCUGGUUGGGGUGAAAUAUUCCUCCUCACUCUCACUGGGCCCAGACAUCUGCCACCAGCAACAAGGCAGUUCUCCCACCUCAGAUUCCACCAGUCAUCCAGGGUUCAGUCCAACUGUCCCACCUUCAAAAUCCUCCCCACAUCCUUUGGACAAUAAGAAACUGACUGUAGAGGAAGCUGAUAUCUGGAGGGACAGUAGAGAAACCACAGAAAAAAUCUCUGUUAAAAAAGACAGUAUUUCCUCCAAAGAACCUGUGAAGAUCAUCAAAGAGGAGCAAAAGCUGACGACCAUCUCAGAGUCCUCUUUAGCUGAGCUGGGCAGGAGCUGUGAGGUGAUGCUUAGUCGGCAGUCACUCCCUAACAAAAGCUCCAUGGAUAAAUCCAGCAGUCAUGGCAAGCUGGAGGACAGACACAAGCCUGAGAGAGAGAAGGAGCGAAACAGAGAGAGGGACAAAUUCAGGGAUAAGGACAGAGAGAGAGAAAAAGAGAAGAAAAGGAAGCACAGCCACAGCAGUAGUAGCAAGAAGUAUGACGAGAGAAAAGAGAGGAAGAAGAAGCACAGAGAAAAGAGGGAAGAAAUGGCCUUCUCUUCUUCCUCCUCCUCAUCUUCCUCCUCCCAUUCCAGCUCCAGCCACAAGCGGCACAAGGAUGGCAAGAGCCACAAGGAGAAGAAGGACCGCAGAAUCCUUGGUGACCUCGAUCUUCAGAGCAAGGAAGUGCGUGAGAAGAACCGGGCGCGCUCUGAUUCAGAUAAAAAGAAACGCAAGGAGGCGUCCAGUGCCAGUUCCACCAGUGAAGGAGAGCAUACCGAUUGGACCUCUAGAAGUUCAGGAGAAAGGUCCUCUGGCUGCAAAAAAGACACUGAAUCAUCUGGAUCCUCAUUGGGUUCCACAGAUUUUCUGAAACUAAAGGCCCUGUCAGAUGGGCCACCCAAGGAGCUGAAGAUUCGCUUGAUAAAAGUUGAGAGUGGGGACAGGGAGACAUUCAUUGCCUCAGAGGUGGAGGAGAAGAGGAUCCCUCUUGAAGAAAUCAGCAUCAAGAACACAGCUAGUGAAAUCAUCCGGGCCUGCAAGGGUGCAAGGGUGAAAGGGAAGUUCAGAGAAUCUUACUUGCUCCCAGCCUUCUCUGUCAAGCCCAUAAUGACCUCAGAGCCCAUUCCCCGAGAGAAACUCAAUCCUCCUACACCCAGCAUCUAUUUGGAGAGUAAGAGGGACGCUUUCUCCCCUGUGCUGCUGCAGUUCUGCACAGACCCUAAGAAUCCUGUUACAGUUAUCAGGGGCCUGGCUGGAUCAUUACGGCUCAAUCUAGGCCUGUUCUCCACCAAGUCACUGGUGGACGCUAAUGCAGAGCAUGCAGUGGAGGUUAGGACUCAGGUGCAGCAGCCUGCUGAUGAGAACUGGGACCCCAGCGGGACGGGUCAGAUCUGGCCUUGUGAGAGCAGCCGCUCCCACACCACCAUUGCCAAGUAUGCCCAGUACCAGGCCUCCAGCUUCCAGGAGAGCCUGCAGGAGGAGAAAGGUAGUGAUGAGGAGGAUGAUGAGGACGAUGAAAAGGAGAAGGACAAAAAGCCAUCCAAUAGUUCUGAUGCAUCCAGCAAGGAGAGCUUGAGGGAGAACGGCAGUGGUGAGCAGAAACCUGUGGGGAAGAUCAUUAAAUUUGGCACCAACAUUGACCUGUCAGAUCCCAAGAGGUGGAAGCCUCAGCUACAGGAGCUGCAGAAGCUGCCAGCCUUUAUGCGUGUAGCAUCCAGUGGCAACAUGCUGAGCCAUGUGGGCCACACCAUCUUAGGAAUGAAUACUGUCCAGCUCUACAUGAAAGUCCCUGGGAGUCGGACACCUGGUCACCAGGAGAACAAUAACUUCUGCUCAGUGAACAUCAACAUCGGUCCUGGGGACUGCGAGUGGUUCUCCGUCCAUGAGAAUUACUGGCAUGCUAUCAACGACUUCUGUGAAAAGCAUGGCGUGGACUACCUGACAGGGUCAUGGUGGCCGGUGUUGGAGGACCUCUACAAUGCCAACAUCCCUGUGUACCGCUUCAUCCAGCGGCCUGGAGACUUGGUGUGGAUCAAUGCUGGGACAGUUCACUGGGUCCAAGCUGUGGGCUGGUGCAACAACAUCGCCUGGAACGUUGGACCUCUCAACGCCUACCAAUAUCAGCUGGCCCUAGAAAGGUUUGAGUGGAACGAGGUUAAAAAAGUCAAGUCCAUUGUCCCCAUGAUCCACGUGUCCUGGAACGUAGCCCGCACUGUCAAGGUCACCGACCCAGACACCUACAAGAUGAUUAAACACUGCCUGCUGCAGUCCAUCAAGCACAUUCAGAUCCUGCGGGACCAGCUGGUGGCUGCAGGCAAGAAGAUUUCCUAUCAGAGUCGUGUCAAGGACGAGCCUGCCUACUACUGCAACGAGUGUGAUGUGGAGGUGUUCAACUUGCUGUUUGUGACCAGCGAGAACAGUAGUAGGAAGACGUACGUGGUUCACUGUGAGGACUGCGCUCGCCAGCGCAGCCCCAACCUGAGCAACGUUGUGGUGCUGGAGCAGUAUCGCAUAGAGGAGCUCAUGAACACAUACGACACCUUCAGCCUGGCCACAUCCUCCGGCUCGCGGUGACAGAGCUCCCCUCCUGCGUCCCAUCAGCCAUAACCAAAACUCCUGCAAGCCAGGACAAAAGACACGGUUUCACUUUGGUUUUCAACUUUCCCUUCGUUAUUUAAGAUCAUUUUUGCUACUACUACUGCUAAUACUUGCCGAACACCCAGCGGAAUACCAGUUUACUCAUCACUGUUUACAAAAAGAAAUAUAUAUAUAUACCAAGCCACCAAUAAAACGCCAGUUUACUCUCAGAUGGUGCUCUUGACCAGAAGCCCUGGCAACAGUGAACUUGAAAACCAGGGGGCAGUUGGUGCUGCCAUUGAACAAAACUAUGGAGGGUGGGUUGUGGUUUCAAUGGCAUGUUUUCAUCAGUACCAGUUUUUUUUCUUUAUCAUCUUGAAUACUGAAAUUUGUACAUGCUGUUUGCAAUUUUUGUGGGGUGCUGUUUUUCCUUAUUAUAUAUUUUUUAAAUAAUUUAUUAUGUUUUUUUCUGAACUAGAUCAGCCUAGAUAUAUACCACAUUGGCCUUGUCACUUGUAUUUAGAAAAAGAGAGAAAAUGAAAAAUACUAAUAAUAGAGAUAUGAACAUUUUUCUAAAGCAUUAAGAAUUUUAAAAAAUACAAUUGUUUGGAAUGCUUCAAAACAUACGGGUUUCAAAGACUUUUGUUUUGUUUUCUGUUUGUUUGUUUUUUGAAGAGGGGGGGUUCAUUUUGUCCUUCACAAUCUUGUACGUGUUGUAAAUCUUGUGUUUUUAUGAAUUAUUACUUUUAUUUCUUCUGGAGAUUAAAGUUCAGUUGUCACACCUCUAACACAUCAUCAGGUCUUUUUGUUCAAUUCCUCCAUUUCUGUAUGAUUUAUCUAUUACAAAAAAAGGAAAAAAAGAUCAUCGUCACCUGGUGUUAAUCGUGUAUUGUACCUCUGAUUGUUUUGUUCCAGUAUGCAGAUUUAGUAUUUUCUGGAUUUUUUUUUUUGGUUGUUUUUUUGCAUUGUACAUUUUUUAUUUAAAAUGUUUCUUCUAUUUAUUGGAUAUCAAUGUUCUCCCUUCUUUGAUAGGGUUGUACAAGUUUGAGAGGUUUUUUUUAUAGUGACCGAUUGCUCUGUAUGAACUGAAAUGUGGAGGUUGUGUGUCCGUGGGAGGGGGGGCUGCUGUUCCUCUGGUGCUUGCCUCUCAUGACUCCUGCCCUUUUCUUCUGGUAUAUAUUAAAUGAUAUCUUUAUCUUGAAUAUAACGCCACCUUUCCUGUAGACGCUAGGCACAACGCUCACGUAGAGAAGAUGACUAAUGGAAUGCUGUCUUUGUAUGCUCAUUAAUUAAGGAGAAAAAAAAAACAAAACUACAUUUUCCAAAGUGUUUUUGAGAAAUCGUAAUUUUGUUUUUUUAUUAUGAUUUUGCUUUUGUUGUUUUUUAUUCUGUAGGGGGCUUUUUAGAUGAGAUUUUAAUGAUUUUAUGAUAUCUGUUGAAUAUGAUAACGGGAUAGAUGGUGCUAAAUGUUCUCUUUGAACAACUUUUUUUCUGUUUGUCUUCUUAAAAAUGAGAAUUCUAUUUUCCUGUUGCAAUAUACCUUUCCCUUCUCUUUGUGGUCAUUUAUUUAUAACUGCACUGUUUAGAGAAUUCACACAAACAUACUUGCAUACACACACACCAAACUGAGCCAGACAUGUCUUAAACACUUUGUGAAUUUGUGUGACAUUACUAUGACUAUUAAUAAUAAACGCUUUUUGAUAAACCCAGAA